AUGGCUGCCAUCAAUCAAGUUCUCGUUACACUCGUUUCAAAUCUCAAUGAGAGAGGUCUCGGAGGUGACCAAACGACUACCAUUCUCCCAUCUCUCUCCGCAGCCACGGCAGCAGUGCAAUCAGCGUCGUCGACAUCGUCGUCUGCUUCGCCUUCAUCGUCGAACAUGUCGUCAACAGGUAAUGGAGGUGGAUCCAGUGGACCGACGAGUUCCCCUCUCUUGUUCUUCGUUGCACUCGGUUUCGGAGUCGUCUUUACGAACCUAUGGAUUAUCGUAGGUGUCAAGUACUGCUUUCGAUACAAUGCACGCAAUCGUGCGCUUCGAAAUGGCGAGGAGGUCGAUCCGAUCAAUCUCGAGAACAUGCCUGCGAGGCCACAUCGUCGGAGGAGAGAAAAGAAAUUGAUGACGAUGGACGAGGUGAAUGAACGAUUCCCUCUUACGAAGUACAAGAAUUGGGUCGCGUCGAGGGCCAGGGAAGGAUUGCCAACGAACGGCGGCGUUACUGCACCACCAAGUCGAGCAGCCAGUCUGAGAGAUGUCGAAGGGGUUAUGCCAUCAUCACCAACUGAUACGAAGCAUACUGUCAAUUCACGACCAGGAACUGCUGGGUCAGAUGGCGAGGCUGCUGAGAUCACGAUUUCUCCCGCUACGAAUCACUUGGGCGGAGAAUUUGGUGCUGAACGCAAGAGUAUGGAGGCAACGGCGGUUGAGAAGGGAACUGCAUCACCUACGGUUGAAGAGGACAAUCGGUUGCAAGAGGUUCAGACCACUGCCAGCACGGUCGGUAAACACCCCACGGCCACCAGCGAAGAGCACGAAGACGAAGAUGAUGAGGAUGAUCACAUUCAUACGGCUGUGCCACCCGAACUUCUCACCAACCCUGGCGACUCAUGUGCUAUUUGCAUCGACACCUUAGAGGAAGAUGACGAUAUCCGUGGAUUGACUUGUGGCCAUGCAUUCCAUGCUGGAUGUUUAGAUCCUUGGCUCACAAGUCGUCGUGCUUGCUGUCCACUUUGUAAAGCCGACUAUUACACGCCCAAGCCUCGUCCUGAAGGCGAAGCAGCCGAUGCUGACCGUACUGGCCGAAGAAGAACAGACAGAACCAACAUGCCACAAGCACCUCAAUCCGCUUGGACUGGUAUCCGUGGUAAUCCACGCCUCAUACUACCAGGACGUUUCGGUGUUCCUAUUGGUGACGGCGUUCAGUAUGGUAAUGCUGGACGAAGAGAAAAUCGAAGAGCUCGCAGAGAAGCUGCAGCAACUGCCGCCGCUACUGAUGCCACACCUGCUACUGGAGAGGUUAAUGCUGAGCCUACUCCGUCAAGACGUUGGGUCCCGAGGAUAUCAAACCCUUUCAGCAAUAUGAGCAUGCCAGCCAUACGUCGUAACAGACAAGCUGCGACUGCUGAAUCCAAUCAGACAGUUGAGCCAUCGCCUUCCCAGCUCGAGGCUGGCGUUGUACGAUGA